AUGAGUGGUAGAGCACAAUUACAUUUAAAGAACAGUAGUACCAACGAAGAAGAAUUAUUUGUCUCGAAAAUUUGCAAUGAAAUUCGAUGGUUUGUUACAGGUCCUACUUUAUGCGAAACAAUGAAUUUAGGACAUGCCAGAUACUACGUAUCGAUUGAUAUUAUACGUCGAAUAUUAAUGUAUCAUUUUGCCUAUGAGGUUGUUUUAUGUAUGAACAUGGUGGACAUGAACGAUAAAAUUAUUGAAUAUGUACGUAAUGUAAGUCUUGUUACCUGUCAUGGUGAAAUUGGUUCAAUUGAAACACCACAAAUGAUUACAUAUUGUCGAAAUGGAAUUAAACAAUUAGAAGAUGUUCGUUCACGUGAACCAGAUCCAGAUAAACGAUCAUUCUAUAAAAAACAAAUUCGAGCAGCAAAAAAACUUUUAAAAGAAGCAGAUCGUUAUAUUUUAUCGGAUAAUGAAACUGAACCAAAUAAAUCAAGUAUUAAUGAUUCUGAUCGAUUAUCAUUUUUUUCUAAACUUAUCUUUAUCUGUACAUCAAAUCUUCUUGAUAAUACGUUUUUUCAUGAACAAAUUCGUAAUUUUGAUGAACAAUUUGAAUUAUACAUGAAAUUAUUAAAUGUUUUACCACCAAGUAUGGCAACACGGACCAGCGAUUAUAUAUCUGAAAUGAUCAAGCUUAUCGAAAAAAUUAUUGAUAAUGGUUGCGCAUACGAAUGUAAUUCAACGAUUUAUCUUGAUACAUCAAAAUUUCGUAUACGACGUGGAUUUUCAAAUUUAGAAUCUCGUCAAAACGAUAUUAUUGAUGAAUUAACUAAACGAGCAAAUGAAUACACAUCACCAACAAAUACAAUGAUAAACACGAAAAACUCGUCUGAUUUUAUCUUAUGGAAUAAUAGCCAGUUUAUUGAACCUGCUUGGAAGUCAAGUUGGGGAUUUGGAAGUCCUGCAUGGCUUGUUCAAUCUGCUGCUAUGGCGUAUUCUGUUUUAAGCUGUCCUUUUGACAUUUAUACAGCUCCGCUCAUUCCUAAAUCUUCUGAUGAUAUAAAUGAAAUUACAUUAUUUCAAGCUGUUAAUAAUAAUGAUUCUUGUAUUGGUUAUUAUUUAUAUGUUGCUAACAUAACAUUAAGUGAAGAUAAAACAUCAUCAUCUAAAAACAUUAUGAAUUUAAGUGAAGUACUGUUAGAAUAUAAUAAUGAUGAUAUUCGAUUUUUAUUCUUAUUAAAUAAUUAUGAUGAAACAAUACAUUUCAAUGCUGAAAUUAUGAAUAAAAUAGUGAAAUUUAAAACAUCAUUUAUAUACGAGCUUAAACAAAUGCAACAACAUUUAACUUCAGAAGGCAAAUUAAUCCAAAUUGAUUAUUGUCAAAAAUUGAAUGAAAAUGAUCUGGUUAUUUUACACAAAUUUCGAUUGAUCAAACAUAACAUCUUCAAAUCAAUGUGUGAUUCUAUCAACACAAAGGAUGUUAUGCACCAUCUUGAAGAGCUUAUUCAGUCAACAAGUGUUUAUAUUAAUUCAGAAGGAAAAACAUUUAAUAAUCAUUUAUUAAAAACUAUAUUUAAUUACAUUAUAAAAUUGUUAAAGAUUUUUGGAAUUUUAUUUGCUGAAUCAUUAGAACUUAAAGAUUGA